CUCGGGCUCUCGGAGCUGGGAGGGCCCCGACUCCCGCGCAGGGCUGGUGGCGGCAGCCUGGUCGAGUACCCAAGCCCGGGGCGUUCAGGGGACUCGGGGCGGGGGCGGGCGCGGCUCUCCGGGCUAGGCGGAGUCGGGAAGAAGGUUGGUGCGUCAGCCACACGCGCGGGGAGGAAGCGGGCCUCAGGUCCCGGGCGGCCCGCGCGGGCGCCCCGGCACGUCCGCAGGCUGCUGCGAGAGGUGGCAGCUUCUGAGAGGAAGGAGAGACGAGGGCGGGCCUGGGAGGCGGCCGGGAGGUGGGGCGCGGCCAGGGGCUGGCCCGCGCGGGCUUCAUCUGCGGACGCACGGCCUGCUCCCGAGCGCUGGGGAUUCCGAAGCGCGGCACGACAAGAGGCUGGAGCGGCUAUGGGCCGCCGCCGGGGCUUCCUGAUCGGCUUCUUGGUCGCCGUGGGGUUGCUGGGCUCGGGCCACGGCGAGCAGCAGCCCCCAGAGACGGCGGCGCAGAGGUGCUUCUGCCAGGUUAGUGGUUACUUGGAUGAUUGUACCUGUGAUGUUGAAACCAUUGAUAAAUUUAAUAACUACAGGCUUUUCCCAAGACUUCAAAAACUCCUGGAAAGUGACUACUUUAGAUAUUACAAGGUAAACCUGAAAAGGCCAUGUCCUUUCUGGAAUGAUAUCAACCAGUGUGGAAGAAGGGAUUGUGCUGUCAAGCCUUGUCACUCAGAUGAAGUUCCUGAUGGAAUUAAGUCUGCAAGCUACAAGUAUUCUGAAGAAGCCAAUAAUCUCAUUGAAGAAUGUGAGCAAGCUGAACGACUUGGAGCUGUGGAUGAAUCUCUGAGUGAGGAAACACAGAAGGCUGUUCUUCAGUGGACCAAGCAUGAUGAUUCCUCAGACAACUUCUGUGAAGUUGAUGAUAUACAGUCUCCUGAUGCUGAAUAUGUUGAUUUGCUCCUUAAUCCUGAGCGCUACACGGGUUACAAGGGACCAGAUGCUUGGAAGAUAUGGAAUGUCAUCUAUGAAGAAAACUGUUUUAAGCCACAGACAAUUAAAAGACCUUUAAAUCCUUUGGCUUCUGGUCAAGGUAAAAGUGAAGAGAAUACUUUUUACAGUUGGCUAGAAGGUCUCUGCGUAGAGAAAAGAGCAUUUUACAGACUUAUAUCUGGCCUCCAUGCAAGCAUUAAUGUGCAUUUGAGUGCACGGUAUCUUCUACAAGAUACGUGGUUGGAAAAAAAAUGGGGACACAACAUUACAGAAUUUCAACAGCGAUUUGAUGGAAUAUUAACUGAAGGAGAAGGUCCACGAAGGCUUAAGAACUUGUAUUUUCUCUACUUAAUAGAAUUAAGGGCUUUAUCUAAAGUGGUUCCAUUCUUUGAGCGCCCAGAUUUUCAACUCUUCACUGGAAAUAAAGAUCAGGAUGCAGAAAACAAAAUGUUACUUCUGGAAAUACUUCAUGAAAUCAAGUCAUUUCCUUUGCAUUUUGAUGAGAAUUCAUUUUUUGCUGGGAAUAAAAAAGAAGCAAACAAACUAAAGGAGGAUUUUCGACUGCAUUUUAGAAAUAUUUCAAGAAUCAUGGAUUGUGUUGGUUGUUUGAAAUGUCGACUGUGGGGAAAGCUUCAGACUCAGGGUUUGGGCACUGCUCUGAAGAUCUUGUUUUCUGAGAAACUUAUUGCAAAUAUGCCAGAAAGUGGACCCAGUUAUGAAUUCCAUCUAACCAGACAAGAAAUAGUAUCAUUAUUUAAUGCAUUUGGAAGAAUUUCAACAAGUGUGAAAGAAUUAGAAAACUUCAGGAACUUGUUACAAAAUAUUCAUUAAAGAAAGCAAGCUGAAAAGUGCCUGUUUCUGGACAGUGGAGGCCAAAGAAUGGAAUUUCAUUCAAAGGCAUAAAUAGCAAUGACAGUCUUAAGUCAAAUGUUUUAUAUAAAGCUGCUUUUGUAAAAGGGAAUUAUGUUGUUUUAAAUAACAAUUUUUUAAAUUGUGUUAAAUCUAUGUGUAAUAUUAUUGUGAGUAAAAGUAAAACUUUGAUAAUGUGGUAUACCUUUAAUGUUUAAUAUUAAGUAAAAUCAUCAGGAUUAUCAAAUUCACAUAUGGUAAAUCUAAGUAAAUGAUGUUUUAAGUCUCUCAAACUAGAAUUUUGUGUAAGAAGACAUAAUAUAAAUUAAAAUAUGGCCAAUGUGAAAAGUGUUUAUAAGAGAAUGUUAUGACCCAUUAUUAAUAGCCUAAAUGUUCAACAUUUAAGGUGAACAGAUUUAGUAAAUAAAAAUACAGAAGUGAAGUGAA